AAUAUUGGCUGCGUCACUGAAGCACUGCGGGCCCCACAAACACGGGUAUUUCCCCUGCAGUGUGUGAGAACAGCAAUGGAUGGAGGUAGUGAGGUGACUGCUUCUGCUGCAGAGCAACAUUCAUCCUGAAUGAGGACYUAAACGCUUCACAGAGGAACAUCUGCUGCAAACCUGCACGACAGCCAUGUUUGCAAAGCAACGUCAGCUUCCAAUCUUUGUGAAAACCUUCUCAGUGGUGUUMAUCCUGACCUCUGCCCUCUCAUCCUCUCUGCCUGCUGAAGCAGAGAAAGGAAGCAGAAAAGUGGUGCAUGUUCUAGAGGAUGWGUCUGGAGCUGUGAUUGUGCAGACAGCUCCUGGUAAGGUGGUGACACACCGGGGUGGCUCCAUCACUCUACCCUGCAGAUUCCACCAUGAGCCCGAGAACACAGAUCCUGCUCGCAUCCGCAUUAAAUGGACCAAAGUGACUGAUGCUCUGCAGUUUGAGGAUGUCUUUGUGGCGCUUGGAAAGCAGCAGCGUGUGUUUGGUUCCUACCGAGGUCGAGUGUUUUUGGAGCAGGCGUCACCAGGUGAUGCCUCAGUGAUCAUCCAAAAUGUCACCCUGGAGGACUAUGGGCGUUACGAGUGUGAAGUCACCAAUGACAUGGAGGACGACACCGGAUUUGUCAACCUGGACUUAGAAGGAGUGGUCUUCCCCUACUACCCCCGGGAGGGGCGCUAUAAGCUUAACUACCACCAGGCAGAAGAUGCCUGCAAACAUCAGGACGCCAUCCUGGCUUCUCAUUCUCAGCUCCACAAAGCUUGGGUGGAUGGAUUAGACUGGUGUAAUGCUGGAUGGCUUGAGGAUGGCUCAGUCCAGUACCCCAUCUCCCAUCCCAGGGACGAGUGCGGCCGUAAGGACACCCCAUCUGGUGUUCGGAACUACGGGUACAGACACAAGGAGGACGAGCACUAUGAUGCUUUCUGCUUUACCUCCAACCUGAAUGGUAGAGUGUAUUUCCUCAAACGUUUCAAGAAAGUGAACUUUGCAGAAGCGACAAAGGCAUGCAUUCGAGACGGUUCGAUGGUGGCCAAAGUGGGUCAGCUGUACGCAGCCUGGAAGUUUCAGCUUCUGGACCGCUGUGAGGCUGGCUGGCUGGAGGACGGAAGCAUUCGGUACCCAAUUGUCAACCCUCGCUCUCGUUGUGGAGGAUCACAGCCAGGAGUCCGACACUUGGGCUUCCCCGAUAAAAAGUUCCGUCUCUACGGGGUCUACUGUUUCCACAAGAGCACAGACAAAACAGCAGGUGGUUUGAAAGUUUCCAAAACUUCGAAGAAAAUUUGGCCAAAGUGGAAGAGCAGCAACAACCUCUCUGUAAAUAACACAAAUGUUAUUUAAAUCAAAAAGACUAACAGCUGGAGAGGGAGACAAUUUUAGAUUAUUUAACUGUUGCCUUGCAGCCAGCUUCUCUUUAUUACUUUUAAAUCCAAACACCCACAGAUUUGAUGUACUCAUCUGCUGAUUUGCCAAGGGGAAGCAAAGCUGUGUAAAAUUAAGGCUAAUGUCUUUAUUAGGCUGAUUUUCCUUUUGUCUUCAGUCAGUCAAUCAUCUUAAGGAGUGUGUCAGAACGAUCUGUCUUCUGGAAAGCAUUGAGAAAAAUGGCAGCCUAAUCAUUAAUGAGGUAAUACCAAAACAAGCACCAUGCUUUGAAUACUCUCGUUUACGUGUGUGACUUACAUCUCAGGCCUGCUGUGAGUCCUGAGCUUCAAAGUCUGUUGGAAGGUAAAAGAACAAAAGAUCUGCCAGACUGACUAGAGAAAUCCAAGUUGCCUUGUAAGUUCUGAGCUUGACUACCUGAGUUUUACAUUUGGUUAAUAACUUCCAUUUUUACCACAAGUUAGAACUGUGAAAUGUUAUCAUCAGAGCUGUACUAGAUAAAUAUUGCACCAGCUCUAAAGUAUUUGCACGUUAAAUUCAAAAACCCUAAAGUUAGAAUUUAAACUCAGGCAUGCAAUGCAUUGUUUGGCUUAGAGUAGAUGGUCAGGCUGAUUCUGCAAAAGUACAAAACUAUAAUUGACCUCAGGUAAUGCACUUCCAAGGUUUCUUAGCUUUUUGGCUUCUCUUUAUUUUAUUGAAUAUGUUUGCAUUUCAACCUAGAGAUUCAUAUGUUUAUAUUUUGCAUAAAUAUACAACAAUGACUCAGAGCUAUUUGCACAAUAUGAUUUAUUUACGAUUAUUGUCCAAGAGUUAUUUUACUGGUAUCUUGGAUGUUGUUCUGACGGGUGUCAUUGCUAGAAGGUAGAAGGUGAGUGGUGUCAUAGUAUGUGAUAGUAAGUGAGAACUGGUGGAGGAGACUGUAGACAGCCAGCAAAGAAGGGGGAUUUUUUUUGUUAUAGUACAUGAGCAAAUGCACUGUGUAAAAAAACGAAUAAAGGAACUGGGUAAAAAACA